UUCCCAACGGUCCUUCAUCACUCGGGCGAAACCAACGGGAUGUUUUUGGGAACUGUCUUGAGGAGCGAUAUCAGCCUUUAGCACGGCAGUGGGAGGGGUUGAGCGUGUCACAACUAAAUGGCAACAGCGUGAUAUACAUAUAGCCUAUAUAUAUUUUUGUAUUCAAUAGGUAAUAUCUCGUGGAAUGCCGGAAACACUUCCCGCUAACGGAGCGUGUAUUUGCAGUAACGUUAAGACAAGCCCGCUGUUCAUCAUCGUUGCCUUUACCACAGCGUUGAGCGGAUUCCUCGACUCUGACAUUUAUUUGGCAAGAACCCGUGAAAAUAGAUCAGCGCAUCUCUGAGCUUCCGGCGUCCACCGCGACACACUGAUGCUCCGAGCCGCCGGGAUGGACGAGUUUGUGACGGAAGAAGACGAGCCCUGGUACGACCAGAGGGACCUGGAGCAAGAUCUGCACUUGGCAGCUGAGCUGGGGAAAACCCUGCUGGAGCGCAACAAGGAGCUGGAGGACUCGCUGCAGCAGAUGUACAUCAACAAUGAGGAGCAGGUGCAGGAAAUUGAGUAUUUGACCAAGCAGAUGGAGAUGAUGCGCGAGAUGAACGAGCAGCACGCUAAAGUGUACGAGCAGUUGGACGUGACGGCACGAGAGCUGGAGAUAACCAAUGAAAAACUGGUUCUGGAGAGCAAAGCUUCUCAGCAGAAGAUUGACAGAUUGACGAGUACUAUAGAGAUGCUGCAGGGGCAGGUGGACACGCUAACUGCUCGGGUGGAGGAAUUGCGCACUUUGGAAGAGCUCAGGGUUCGCAGAGAGAAGAAAGAGAGGAGAAAGACUGUGCACUCGUUCCCCUGCCUCAAAGAACUCUGCACCGCUCCCAGGUACGAGGAUAGUUUCAUGGUGUCUGACCCAGGCAGCGGUGACCUACAAGAGUGUCAGCCUGCUGACGAAGAGAACGAACAUCUGCGUGUGAUGGUGUCAUCUUUGCGCACCGCUGUAGCGGCUGAACGUGGACGGCGUGAGGCGGCUGAACGGGAAUGUGGCGCAGUGAUUCAAGAGUUUGAGCGUUUGGAACAGCGCCUCAUGGGGGCAGAGAACUGCCAGCGGCGUGUGCACGAGCUGGAGGCGGAGCUCCAGGAGAUGCAGCUGCUCCGCAAGUCCCGAGCCUGCCUCCUGAGCGGAGACGAGGGCCUGGAGCAGACGCUGCUCAACUGCGCCCCCGAGACAGACACGCCGGAGGAUGCAGUUAUGGCUGGAAUGCAGAACGGGGAUGCGAAUGAUGGAGCAGCACCCGUCCGGAAGAGUUGCAGUGAUACGGCUCUAGAUGCCAUCUCUGCGGUCGAUGCCUCUGGGAGACGCAAAGGCAGCUACGCGCUUCACGCCAACGGCGUCCGGAAGAGGGGCAUGUCCAUCCUCCGAGAGGUGGACGAGCAGUAUCACGCCCUUCUGGAGAAGUACGAGGAGCUGCUCGGGAAGUGUCGACGCAAUGAGGAGAGUCUAUGCCACGCUGGGGUGCAGACCUCCCGUCCCGUGUCCAGAGACCCGUCCAUGAAGGAAUGCCGGGCCGCAGAGCCCCAGCAGCUGCCCACUCCUCCGCAGACGCCCUCUACUCCAGAGGCCCUGGAGGGAAUCAGUCGGCAAGUGGAGGCUGUGGACAAACGGCUCAGCCAAAACACUCCAGAGUAUAAAGCCCUCUUCAAGGAGAUCUUUUCCCGCUUACAGAGGACCAAGAGCGACAUAAACUCCACCAAAGGGAGAAAAAGCGGAAAAUAGCCCAUUUUGCUCUUAACAUGUGUAUCACUGAUUUCUUUCCCUGGUCUCUCAUGUAAUGUCUUACAUAUUUUUUUAAUAGAGAGACGUUUAGAUACAUCUGUAAUUUAGCACAGAUCAUCCAUGAAUUAUUUGGUGCCACAUAUCAAGGGACAAAUGGUGGUUUUCUGGACGUUUGAGUCCUCAUGUGCUAAUGUGCCAGGUUGGCCUUUUAGGGUAGACCAUAUUACUCACUAUUGGUUAAACUGUAACCAUAAUCACCCCAAAGUUAAUCAAGCACAGGAAGUUCAUUGCUGAUUAUUUCCUUUCUCACAUGUUGUGUAUUACGUGUAAUGGAUAACCACAGCAUUGUGUAACCACUUUUGUUCAAUAUUAAAUCACACUUUGCUUUAUAA